AUGAUGGAGCAGAGACUGGGAAUGAUGGAGCAGAGACUGGGAAUGAUGGAGCAGAGACUGGGAAUGAUGGAGCAGAGACUGGGAAUGACGGAGCAGAGACUGGGAAUGACGGAGCAGAGACUGGGAAUGAUGGAGCAGAGACUGGGAGUAACGGAGCAGAGACUAGGAAUGACGGAGCAGAGACUGGGAAUGAAGGAGCAGAGACUGGGAAUGACGGAGCAGAGACUGGGAAUGACGGAGCAGAGACUGGGAAUGAUGGAGCAGAGACUGGGAAUGACGGAGCAGAGACUGGGAAAGACGGAGCAGAGACUGGGAAUGACGGAGCAGAGACUAGGAAUGACGGAGCAGAGACUGGGAAUGAUGGAGCAGAGACUGGGAAUGACGGAGCAGAGACUGGGAAAGACGGAGCAGAGACUGGGAAUGACGGAGCAGAGACUAGGAAUGACGGAGCAGAGACUGGGAAUGAUGGAGCAGAGACUGGGAGUCACGGAGCAGAGACUGGGAAUGAUGGAGCAGAGACUGGGAAUGAAGGAGCAGAGACUGGGAAUGACGGAGCAGAGACUGGGAAUGAUGGAGCAGAGACUGGGAAUGACGGAGCAGAGACUGGGAAUGAUGGAGCAGAGACUGGGAAUGAUGGAGCAGAGACUGGGAAUGAUGGAGCAGAGACUGGGAAUGAUGGAGCAGAGACUGGGAAUGAUGGAGCAGAGACUGGGAAUGACGGAGCAGAGACUGGGAAUGACGGAGCAGAGACUGGGAAUGACGGAGCAGAGUCUGGGAAUGACGGAGCAGAGACUGGGAAUGACGGAGCAGAGACUGGGAAUGAUGGAGCAGAGACUGGGAAUGACGGAGCAGAGACUGGGAUGA